ACAGAAUCUUUGAAAAACGCGAAGCAUUCCAGGGACUCGUAUUAACGAAGGCUUUUGUUAAAAUCAUGCUUGAUACUGCUUAGUGUGUCAAUGGUACCGUGUUGUGGCGGAUUCCGCCGCAGCGGGGAGCAGUGAUGGAGAACUCUUAUUUUUUGUUAGUAUCUUCCGUCAUAGUGUGCAUUUUCGGCCGUGUGUUGCUCUCCUCUAUCAAAGCUGAAGCGAUCACCAUUCACAGGGAUAUCCCGUCUCACAUGGACGGGUUCACACACGUCGCGUGCACGCAUUCGCCGGACGCCACUGUUCUGCGAUCACUAGCAAGUCUGGUCCAUUCAGCCUGCCUCAAGCAUGCUCUUCAACCCCAAUCCAGGUGUAUAAGGAACCCCACGAGGCCGUGCUGGCGUAGACCGUCGUGGGAUGCACAGGAAGGCCCACCCAGUAUGUUAAUGCAACAGGCGAACUGCAGGCUGGCAGCCCGCUCAUUCAUUCCGUCGCAUCUCAUUAGGAAGUUAGAACGCGAUGGCUGCAGACAACUGAGAAAAUUCGCUGCCUACAAGACGCUAAACAGGGGGUUUUCAACAGCUCGACCAUUUGGACAGCAAAACAGGCGCUACGUGUGGUCCGAAGGGAGCGGAUUCGGAAGUUGCUACGCUAUUCCCUUGGUGACAGGAUUGACCCGUAGUUCAGAUAAGAACCAGAAGAUCCCCCAAUUUCUAUUACCCCCGUUAUUCACAGCUGUUCGGGCAGGAGACAAACACAAGGCUCAGUCGAUCAUUGCCCUCUGGAAAAAACCUGGGGUCCAGCGUAUGGGGUGGGUAGAUGACAGACAGCCAUCUGGUCGUGAACAGCAACUUAUUCGUGACUCUACGAACGAAGCGAAUGAACCAAGGACGAUUGGCGACAACUCGGGCAGUCAAGCCGAUGGAACAUCACCGGGCUCUGAGAAGGCGGAAUUGACGGCCCAAAGGGGUUCUGACGGCCUAGCGCCUCAGGGUGAAGGGAUGGUCAUAAUGACUGGUACCUGUGCGUCCCACCUUGAUUCACUGGCGGAAGCCGUUAUCGCCGCUAUGUGGGAGGACCACAUGAGGAAGUUACUCGGGCGAGACGGUCGCGGAUAUUCCGGUUGGGUGGUACUGGCGUUCAUGGACUUGGAAAUUCACAUUAUGACGCCGAUAAUGAGAGAACGGUACGCGCUCGAGGAGCUGUACGGCCUCUGUCCUCGCAUUGAUAUUUCAGACUGUAUCCGUGUCGACAGUAUGGAAUCGUUUGAUCUGUACAGAGAAGGGUUUAGAACAUUUGGUUCUACCGAUUGCCCCUUCAGCCCCGAAGGAAUCUAGCCCCUUGACAUGGUGCAUGAACGCUGCCGUUAAGGUGUGGGGGGCGCAGUGAUACGUUGCCUCUUCUCCGUGGCCGUCCGUUGCUUCCACAGUCUGAUUUCAGAGCAUGUGGCGGCAAUGACUCUCUAAGCUGUAGUAGGCGUUAGUCUCUGGCAACUUUCGAGAGUAUUUACAAAGGGAUGUGCCGUAUAACGAGACUUUUCAUAUGGAGAGUAACAGGGAUUGGGUAAAUUGCAUGUUUGGUCCGCAGUAACAGGAUGAACAUCACAGGACUAAACGUUGUUUCAAGCUGGUUUAAAAUGAGUUGCGUAUUCCACUGAAGCGUAACGCCGACAUGUGUUUUCGAAUAAACCACUGGUUGCUACAACGACGAAGGUGACGGUUUGUAGAAGUCGUAACGAGGCCACAACACAAAUGUACAGGCGGUCCUCGUUAUUGAGCUUCCAUGCUCACCUGAACAUAUUCAUUUGGUGUAGAGGCAAAAGAGGGAAAUUCGUUCUCUAUCAGAUACCUUCUGUUUCUGGUGUUUUAACUCCAAGUUUCUGGCGGGUUCCCUCGGCCGUUCUUCUCCGAGGCUCCUCUUUGUCCGUUUCGACUGAAAUUCAGACUCGGCACUCUUGUCAUUGGACAAGCGUUGCAGUGAAGUGGUAAAGUGCUCAGUGGCCUAAUGAGGUACAAAGCACAUUACGAGGAAAGGUUUGUCAUAGAGUGCAUGUCUUGCUUUACCAGUCGGUCUACCACUAGAGACGGCCUCUCCUAAAAGUGCCGCCGAUAAAGGUUGAGUCAUAUUGCCGAUGAUGUUUUAAUUCCCUACUGGUGACAGUCUACGGGAGAGCGAUAACUGCAGUUCGUAAGGUGGAAUAGGCAAGGUGAAGAAUGGACUGAUGCGCUGAUUGAGCUUCGACGUGCGCAGCAUUCCUUCAUGAUCGGCGGUUGAGGGCGUAUCGUAUGGCGUCGGUAUCCUGACCAGUCGAACCGCUCCUGAAGCUCGUGAGACGUUUUUGAUAUGUUCCUACUAGAGCGCACCGUACCAUGAGCGUCUCCACAGGCGAUUGUCUACAGCUGGCCCGUGGCACCGAGUGUAUUGCGCAAGGUUCUUGAGGUUUCUUACUUGAGCGUCCCCCGAGAGCUGCAGGACUUCUGUUGAGUACCCGCAGAGCUCAGGUGAUACAGUGCCAAGCAGCUCGCCGUCGUAGAGUGAGAGAAAGUGCACGCCUUCUGGCCCACUUCUCCUUAGGUCGUUCUUUCGAGGUGCGGCGCCGAACGAACGAGCUUCUCUACAUGCUUGACUUGGUUUGGAUUUCGGUGUGGACGACUGAAGAUAAUUUCUUUGCAACUCUAAUCCAGUAGUGAAUCCAUCUGUAUUGUUGCCAUGCACUGGCCGGGCACUGCGUCAUCGGCACGGUUGUGAGGCCGCCUACCCAAGGACGGGCGGAAUCCUGGCUCUGAACAACGGGGUUCCACUCCGGGAGUUUUGCGACCUCAGAAACAAACAUGUAUACUGACCAGCGCCUCCGCUGGC